CAGUAGCGGGCUGUGGGAGUUCAGGACAAGUACCUGGGCCUGCCCACCCUAGUGCAGCGAUCUAAGGUGGAGACAUUCCGGUAUCUGGAGGAAAGAUUAUUGGCAAAACUUCAGGGAUGGAAGCAGAGACAUUUGUCGUGGGCUGCAAAGGAGGUUCUGCUUAAAGCAGUAGCGGCUGCGCACCCAAUUUAUGUUAUGUCUUGUUUUCUCUUGCCAGUAACAUUAUGUCGAAAACUGGACAAGCAUAUGGCUCGCUUUUGGUGGGGGUACUCGGUGAAUAAGGAAAAGGCGCAUUGGGUUUCCUGGCGGAACCUAUGUCGUAGCAAAUUCGAUGGUGGCCUUGGGUUUAGACGUUUUGAGGACUUCAAUCAAGCGUUGUUGGCAAAAGUGGCUUGGCGGGUUUGGCAAGAACCACAUACUUUACUGGCACAGGUUUUGAGGGGGAAGUAUUUUGCGCAAACUUCGAUACUGCAAGCUAAGCGUGGGUCUCGACCGUCCUGGGGGUGGACUAGUGUGCUCCAUGGCAGAGAUUUAUUGCAGCAGGGGCUGGUUUGGCAGAUUGGGGAUGGGAAAGGCGUGAGGGUGCUGGAAGAUAGUUGGAUUCCUGGGGUGAGGCGUGAGGAGGUUUCUGUACUCUCCUCAGUCCCGGGGUUGGCAGAGGCCAGGGUAGAGUCGUUCUUGGUCCCUGGUACGGGGAAAUGGUGUGUUGAGUGUCUCCAACAUUGUUUCCCUGAGUCAGUGAUGCGGAGGAUUUGCUCUAUUCCAUUGCCAGUUCGACAGAUUCCUGAUCGCUGUGUUUGGGCUUGGGAGGCAGAUGGGGAGUAUACAGUGAAGUCAGGGUACCAUCUGGCUCUUCAGCUCAGCCGUGCAGCUCCGGGAUGGAAGGAGGAGGUUUCUUUCUUUGAUAUGGGCUUUUGGAAGAAAGUGUGGGGUUUUCCGCUGCCUCCUAAGUUGAAAUUCUUUGUUUGGCAACUUCUUAGGCGGGUUCUACCCACGGCGGAGGCUAUCUUUGAAAAGAGGGGACAAAAUCCGGCUGAGGUCCUUGACCCUUCUGAGGAUGGUGAGACGCUAUCUCCCAGAUGCCCGGUCUGCUGGGAACCGGUGGAGACCCUGGAGCAUUUGUUUCUGUCUUGUAGAGUUGCAGUGGCCCUAUGGAAUCGCUCGGGUGUAACAGGUGUGGAUGGGAUGGCGGGGGUGUCUAACUUUGCUUUGUUCUUCCGUAGGCUGGUUGAACAGGAUGAUGGGACAGAGCGGAUUGUGCGUAUGGUGGCUUUGCUUUGGAGGAUUUGGAAGAGCCGGAAUUGGGUAGUCUUUGAGCAUAUACAGUACGAUAUACCAUGCUUAGUUCGUCAGUUUGAGAUGCAGGUGCAUGAAUGGUUGGCGUUUGUUCAGCCAGAGCCAGUACCGGUGCUUCAGCGGCGAAUUGCGUCUGGAGACCGGGGUCCAGCCCAGUCGCCUCUGGCGUUACCGUUUUCCUGUUAUGUGGAUGGGGCAGUGGCGCCGGGAUCGCAUGGGGCGGGGGGCUUGGUUGUCCGAGAUGGCAUGGGGCGGGUGUGUAUGGUCAAGGGAUUUUAUUAUGCAGGUAUUGUUGAUCCUUUUCUAGUGGAGUUAGUGGCAUUUCGGGACGCUAUCCAGUGGUGCUUAACGAAGGGGAUGGAUUCAGUUUGGUUUUAUGGAGAUGCCAAGGGUGUGAUUGAGAAGAUUCAGCAUCGGGAUGCUAGGGAUGUGAAGGGAGGGCGCAUACUUGUGGAAAUUGAGGAGUUGCGGAGGCAAUAUCGGUCUUUUGGUGUUUCUUUUGUUGGCAGGAAUGACAAUCGGGUGGCUCAUGAUGUAGUCAGGAAGACCCUCUCUUUGUUAUCUGCUGUUGUUGCGAGUUUUGAUUUUGAUCAGUGGUUUCUUUUUGGAUUGUAAACAUUGAUAUCUUUGAUUUGGUAAUACCAGUUAUCUAUUGCUAAAAAAAAAAAUAAUGAUAAGUAGUUAAUCGAUAACCGAUAAUGCCUAUGUUUGGCCUGACUUUUAGAAGUGUUUUUCGACUUCAAAAUCUGAAGGAGGGCCAAACACUUCUAAAAGUUCGACUUUUGAAAAGCCGAAAAGCGUUUUUGUAUAACACAAUGAUGAGAACUUGCAUUUUAGUACUUUGAAUUAUUGUCGUUUUAUUAUUAUUCGGAUUAGUGGGGCUAUUCGGGAAUUGGGGAAUAAUUGAUAAAUCGGGUAGUAGUAGGGAAAUAGUCAAUUUUAUAUAAACUACUUGUACGUGGGAUUAUGGAGGUAAGCAAAGAUUAAACCUAAAUCCUAAUUUUUCCACUCUCUCUCUUCCUCUCUCCCAACUUCGGCCGACCCCCUUACUCCCUCCUCUCUCUCUUUCGACAGAUUGCCGCCAACACCCCCCCCCCCCCCCCCCUCCUUCUUCUCUCUCGACCAAACAAUCCCCUUCUCCUUCCUCUUUUUUGUGACACAAGAGAUCAAUCCCUAAUUGAUCCUUCUCUCAACUUCGGCCGACUCCCUUACUCCCUCCUCUCUCUCUUUCGACAGAUUGCCCCCCCCCCCCCCCCCCUCCUCUCGACCAAACAAUUCCCUUCUCCUUCCUCCUUUUUGUGACACAAGAGAUCAACCCCUAAUUGAUCCUUCCCAAUCCCAAUCCCUAGAUAGAACCCAAUUCCCCGGGCUCUAUCACAUAACAGCAGAAGCUCCAAUACAAGGUUAUCCUUACCACUUUUUAAUUUUAUUUCAGAAAAUAUGAUUUUCUUACAUUUAUAUCAUUGUAAAAAAAUUAAGUAUAAAAUCAUAUUAUUUAAUAUAAAAAAAGUCUAACA